AUGGAAACUGAAUCUUCAAACAUCACCGACCCUCAAGAAGAACAACAUAACCAAACAGUAUCUAUGGAAGAAGAGCAAAAUCCACAAUUAGAGGAGAACAAGGUGACGAUGAUGGAAGAAGAGAAACCAAAUGAAGAACCUCCAAAAGAGGAAAAAGAAGAACAAGACGAGAGCAAAAUGGAAGAAGACAAUGGAGCCGACAUUAAAAUAGUAGAUGAAGAGACAACAAGACAAAUUGAUGAACAAAUGAAGAAAGACGAAGCUGAGAAAGCGAAGCCAAGAGUGGAAUUGAAGAGUGUAGAUGAUGAAGAUGGUGGCGACGAUUUGUUUGAAACACAUGAAUUCAAAUCCAAACCAACAAGCAAAGGAUUUAAAAAGAAUUUUGCUACAUUUUUCUCGUUGGGUGGAGUCGAAAGUGAAAAGCAAACGGACACAAGUCUAGCCAAUGAGGAAUUGUAUAGAUUCCCAGUAAAUAUUCGCGAGCGAGCUCGAUUCAUCCCAUUAAGAAUUACUCAAGCAGAACGGAAGCUUUUAAGACUAUUAGAAGCAACUUUACACGUAUCAAAAUAUAGUGACAAAGUCGAUCAAGUCAGACUUAUUGGGAAACCGGCGCGACUCCAAGAACAGUUAAAAGGGAUUGCCUCACUGUUAAAUGGACUUUUGGUAGCGACACAACCAAGUAAGAAAAGCGACUUUUCAGACGUUCUAAAUACUUUCAGUCAGAAUGAGGACUUUCUACAAGCGAUCUUUGAAAUUGGAAGGAGGUACAAAAUUAUGAAUCCCGACAAGAUGCGAGACGACUACGCAAAACUCAUUUUUGUUGUACAAGACAUCACCGUGAAUUCUAUAAAUGAAGAGUUGGGCGUUUCAUUGUUACGACCAGUCGAGACGGUGUACCGAUACCUAGAAAGAACGAAUUGUCUUGCUGUGUUAGACGAUGACCUGAUCACAGUUGCUACUGGUGAAAUAUUGCCCGACAACAAAACAAGAGAGCAGAUACGACAAGACAUCAAAAACAAAGAAAAUGCGAUUGAAAAGUUGGCGCACCAAUAUAGUAACAAAGAAUGCGGAGAAGAUGAGUUGAAACAGUGCUUGUAUUCGAUUGCAGACAAUAACUCGUAUUUGAGAUUCAACAGAGACCCUGUUGUCAAGACUUUGGAGUACUUAGAAAAAUACUUUGACCCAAAAACACCAAGAGAAGACCGAUUUUCACUUGCUAUCAAUGAAGGAGCAGAGGGGUCAAGACUCUCACACGAUCACGCUAAACAAUUUAGCUUUGUCAAACAAACUCUUGUGUUGUGGAACAUCAUCUUAGAGAACAUGUACCAAUUGUGGAUACUCGCAGAACUCGAUUUGUUCGACCCAGAACAUCCAUACGAAAUGCAAAACACAGGACAAGGCUUCCAUAGAAUGCAACAAUCACCAAGAAUAUCACUUGUGAUGCACAAAAUUGUGAAUGAGAUGAAGACAAAAGUCGGCGACUGGGUUGGGUCGACACAAAUUCAUUUGGGCGACCACAACGUACCAAACGCUUUGGUGUUUAUUGACAAAUACACACAGAUUUCGAGAUUCCUUGGACCAAUUGUUACUACACUCCAAAAUCUCGAGAAGUACUCUGAAAAGAAUGAAUACGUCAAAAACUAUGUCAUCAAAACGUUCAAAUCAUAUGAAGAACUUCGAUUAAUUAUCCUCACAGACUUCUUUAAACACGCUUUUGAUGGAAGUGGAGCAGACAACUUCUAUGACGCCGGAAGUUGCAUUGAUGGAAGACUCACUUCAGCUUGGAACUGGUGCUCAUCGCUUGACAAGAAAGAGUACUACCCAAUAUUCCAACUUGCUGGUUUUACUGGAUUUGAUGGAGCAUUUAAUUGA